UAAAUAUUUCAUCUUUUUACAAUUGAUGAGGUGGUGGGGUUUGUUUUGUUUGGAAAAAAGAUUGAUUUUUUUCAAUAAGUUCCAAAUUUUGAUUUCUGUGUCUUGUUUGUAAUUGUUUGUAUGUAUGUGUACUAUUGCUAUUUUUCUUGAUUCUUGAUUUUGUGGCUGAGAAAAUAGCCAUUGAACUGGGAAGUGUUGGGUUCUUUUUCCUAUAUAUGUUGAGUGAAUUGUCUCUUUAACAUCUCUGAUCAACAAGUAAACAGAGUAAUCAGCUUAGUGUUUUUGAUUACACAGGAAAAUGGUGGUAAGAACCGUGGAUCUUCGCUCAGACACUGUCACUAAACCAACCGAAGCCAUGCGGAACGCAAUGGCUAACGCUGAAGUGGAUGAUGAUGUCUUGGGUUAUGAUCCAACAGCCCAACGCCUUGAAGCAGAGAUCGCAAGGAUAACGGGCAAAGAAGCUGGAUUAUUUGUUCCUUCAGGCACUAUGGGAAACCUUAUCAGUGUGCUGACUCAUUGCCAAAUUAGGGGCAGUGAAAUUAUUCUUGGUGAUUAUUCCCAUAUCCAUAUUUAUGAAAAUGGAGGCAUUUCUACUAUUGGUGGCGUUCAUCCAAGGACAGUGAAGAACAAUGAAGACGGUACAAUGGAUCUUGAUCUGAUUGAAGCUGCAAUUCGAGAUCCUAGCUUUGAUCUAUGUUACCCGACCACUAGGCUCAUCUGCUUGGAGAAUUCACAAGCACAUUCGGGAGGUAGAUGCCUUUCUGCAGAAUAUACUGACAAAGUCGGAGAGCUAGCAAAGAAGUAUGGCCUGAAGCUUCACAUUGAUGGAGCUCGUAUAUUCAAUGCAUCAGUUGCACUUGGAGUGCCUGUUCAUAGGCUUGUACAGGCUGCUGAUUCCGUUUCAGUAUGCUUAUCAAAAGGGCUUGGUGCUCCAGUUGGUUCUGUGGUUGUUGGUUCAAAGAGCUUCAUUGCCAGGGCAAAAAUUUUGAGGAAGACUCUAGGUGGUGGAAUGAGGCAGAUCGGUGUCCUCUGUGCUGCUGCGUCUGUCGCUUUACAAGAGAAUCUUGUUAAGCUGGAAGGAGAUCACAGAAAGGCUAAGAUUUUGGCUGCGGAACUUAACAAAAUUAAAGGGCUGAAAGUUGAUGUUACUACUGUAGAGACUAACAUUGUAUUUUGUGAUAUACUGAAGGGGUCAAAGAUCAGCGAAACAGAGUUGAUCAAGACUUUGGAACAACAUGGUGUACUUACACUACCAGAAGGCCCACUGAGGGUCAGAUUUGUUUUACACCACCAGAUUUCAGAAAGUGAUGUGCACUAUACAGUGUCUUGCCUUCAGCGAGCUUUGGGUGGAGGGGCUGAAGAAAAUGGUGACAAUUAACUGUUUAUCAAGUUCAUAUGAUAGAAACUCCUCCUUAUGCUAUUAUGGAGAGACCAGUUUUAUUUGAAAAUUCAGUCAUUCUUUAACUUGCAUUUCAUAGUCCUUUUAGUGAUCAAAGACUUUAGUUGUUUUGUUGUGGUUGGACUAGUUUCAUCUUUCAAUAUUUAUCCUUCAUUUUGGAAGAGCUGAAUGUGGCUAUGCUGAUGGACAAACUUCUUCCUUUUCUUCGCAAUCUUUAAUUUAUUUUGCCUUUGUAUU